CUCACUCGUUGUUAUUUGAUAGCGCAGCAACUCCCUGUAGCGCAGAUAAAAGCAUGUCGCUCAAAACAAUGAGCUCACCCGCUUCCACCAAUAACUCAGCCAUUCCAGCCACCGGCAAGGAAGUUGCGUCGGUAGAACUGUGAAUCCAAGCGACACGCUUUUAUUGGCAGGGUGCGAGCGCAUGAGCGAGACGCUCCUAUACAAGCUAGAGAAACACGGAGAGCCACCGCUAAGAAUGAGUUAGAGGGUCUUAUAGGAAACCGUCGCUAGGAGCGAGGAAGACGCUUUUAUACGGGACCAGGGGGUUGACACUCCAAUAGGCUGUAAUAAAGCAUAGAAUACUUAUACAACCUACCGAUCAGAUGGCGUUGCUGCUUGUGCUAACAGUCUAUAGCACGGAAGUACCGAGUCUCCAAUAAGUGGUCUGUGCUCUAGUCUUUAGGUUUGUGAACUGUGAGACACAUAACCUAUAAAAAGACAGUGUAACUGUUUGUUUAUAGUGCAAUUGUAAAUACUGUGUACAAGUAAAUUAAUAAUUAUGAGAAUUGCUGUUGAAGGUUGUGCCCAUGGGGAAUUGGAAAUUAUAUAUGACUCUCUUCUCGAAGUACAAAAAGCAGAUGGGAAGAAAAUAGAUUUACUUAUUUGCUGCGGUGAUUUUCAAUCCACGAGAAAUUUAACCGAUCUGAAAUGUAUGGCUGUGCCUGACAAGUACAAAGAUAUGUGUACAUUUUAUAAAUAUUAUUCCGGUGAAAAAGUUGCACCUAUAUUGACCAUUUUUGUUGGUGGUAAUCAUGAGGCAUCUAAUUAUCUUCAAGAGUUACCUUAUGGUGGUUGGGUUGCUCCGAAUAUUUACUAUCUCGGAUAUGCCAGUGUUAUUACGAUAGGUGGUAUUAGAAUUGCUGGGGUUUCGGGUAUUUUUAAAAGUCAGCACUGGAUGCAAGGUCGUUACGAAAAACCGCCUUACAAUAAUGAUACAAUUAGAAGUGUUUAUCAUGUUAGAAAUUUGGACGUAUUCAGAUUGAAACAGCUUACUGGCUCAAUUGAUAUUUUUUUAUCACAUGAUUGGCCAAGAGGCAUAACAAAAUAUGGAGAUGAAAAAGCCUUGUUGCGGAAGAAGCCAUUUUUCAGAAGUGACAUCGAAAGUAAAUGCCUUGGUAGUCAGCCAAAUAUGGAACUUCUGGAGCAACACUAUCCUGCUUAUUGGUUCGCAGCACAUUUGCACUGUAAAUUUGCAGCUUUAAUCCCUGAAGAUGGUGGCUCUCGUGUCACCAAAUUUCUGGCUCUAGAUAAAUGCCUUCCAAAACGUAAAUUUCUACAAGUCCUUGAAAUUCAGCACGAUGAAAAUAUCCCACUCAAGAUAUCUUAUGAUCUGGAAUGGCUGACAAUAUUGUUUUUGAGCAAUCAUUUGUUAAGUAUCAAAUCGGGUACACAUUAUAUGCCUGGGGAAUAUGGUAGUGGGCGAUGGAUCUAUACGCCAACGGAAGAGGAAAAGCAGAAAGUUUUGAAGAAGUUCAAUGGUGAUUUGGAAGUCCCCCUAAAUUUUACACAGACUGUUGAACCAUAUAAUCCUGAGGCUCCCAAGGGUUUUGUGGAACCAGCGACUUUGCAAAUCAACGAACAGACUACGGAGUUCUGCAAUAAACUGGGUAUCGAUGAUCCAUUUGUAUUACUACAGGUAAUCAGUGGUCCCACGGAAAAGAAAUAUGACAUGACCGAAUCCAUGGCAGUAGCCUCCUGUGACAACGUUAUUGAAUCCAGUGAAAUUUUCUCUGAAUCCGAGGAUGAGGGUCUCUGUAAUUCUACAUUUGACGGUGAUAACUCCAGUUAUACUGUACACAGUCUCUCAGGAGCGACGUUACCGUCGCCAAAAAGGAAUGUCGAUAACUGUUACAUAAAUGAAGAAAUUUCAAGUAAAGAAAUCUCAGAGCCAAGUCUAGAAGAAUCAGUGUCUACCACAAAUAUUGAGUCUCCUUGCGACAGUACAACUCAAGGAACUCAUAUCGAACCAAAUUAUGAUCCAUGUCCUCCCUUGGUAUACGAUACACUGGAUGACAAAUUCACCUGAACGACUUUUGCCAGUUUUCGACUACACAAAUAGGUUAACCCAUAUCACUGACUGUAUCACACCGACUGGUAUUUACUCCUAUAUAGAAGACUAAGAAAAAUUUUAACAACAACACUUUGUAACAUUCACACUAUCAGAAUAUAAUUGUUCGCAGAUAACAUACCAAUUCAGUCAUAACAGUAACAUCACAUCUAAAUCGACUAAUGUAUGUAAUAUUAAUAUACACAUACAUGUAAUGUUUGAA